AAGCUGCUGCGAUGAUCAAGCCAGGCCAUUGAUUGUCUUGUUCAUCACUUCCUGGGCUAGUCCGAGGCCGGAUACCGGGGCCAAGACCAUGAUUCUCCGAUCACCUGACCGGAACGGCAGAGCCACGUGAGCGGCUUUUUAACGACGUGUCUGUUGUCCCGAUAAAACAUCUGGGCAGUAUCGAGGGGUAUAUGGGAUGUUGCAAUGGAUUCAGCGCAGUCAUGACCGUGAGGUCAAGACGGUUGAUGACGACCCCUUAUGCCUAUCAUGAGUCAAUAUCUCUGGAAACUCCUAGGCUACAAAGACGCGAAAAACGAGACGCGACCCACCAAUACAUCACGCAGUUUACCAUCGUCGUGGUACACGUCCGACGCUAUCUAUCAGCUUGAGAGGCGGGCCAUCUUUUCGAAGAGAUGGAUUUUGGUUACACACAAGCACAGGAUCCCGACUGUUGGGGAUUACGUGCAAUUUGAAGAGGCAGGAUUCCGCUUCUUCCUGUGCCGAGAUCGCGAUGGCGAUAUCAAUGGCUUCCAUAACGUCUGCCGACAUCGAGCAUUCCCCGUCGUUACCGAACCUGCAGGGCGUGUGAAGAUCUUGUCCUGCAAAUACCACGGGUGGUCAUACGGGUUGAAGGGUAAUCUAGCAAAAGCGCCUGGUUAUGAAGAGAUGGAGGGAUUCGACAAGACGCAGAAUGGGUUGUUCCCAAUGAGCGUUCACAUUGAUCAAAAGGGGUUCAUAUGGGUAAAUAUGGAUGUUGCAAGGGAGGUGGCAUGGGAAGAUGACUUUGAAGGAGUUGACACGCAGCCUCGGAUGGACAGUUUCAACUUUGAUGAUUACCGAUUCGACCAUACGUGGGAGAUGGGUGGCGAUUACAAUUGGAAGGCGUUAGCUGAUAAUUACAAUGAGUGCUAUCAUUGUCCGACGGCUCACCCGGAUGUGGCUGGUAUCACCGAUCUGAAACUAUACGCGGUCAGCACUCAAGGGGGGCAUAUUCAGCACUUCACCAAUGCGGAGAACAUCGCCAUGGACGAGGGACAAAGGGUCCGCAGCACAUAUUAUUUCCCUAAUGCCUGCAUGACAGUGACACCUUUCUUCUUUUACAUGAUGAGAUGCGUGCCUACGUCAGCCACUCAUUGCUCCAUGGAGUACGAAGUCUAUCGACACAAGGACGCCUCCGACGCGGAGUUCGAAGCCAUUGAUUCCAUGUACAAGCGGGUACUGAACGAAGACAAGUGGCUUUGCCUCAACACGCAAAAGAACUACGGUGCAGGUGUCUACGUUAGUGGCGAGAUGCAUGCAAGAAUGGAGAAGGGGCCGUUGUUCGUCCAGAAAACUGUGCGCAACCUUGUUCGGCAGCAUCAUGAGCGCGAAAGGCAGCUGGGUCGCGAGAUAUGGCCUGCUCGGCAGGUUUUGCCAGAUUCGGCAACACGGGUACAUGAAGACGAGGCUUUCUUGUGCGAUCUGAAAUGUCAGACUGACAAGCUCGAGUGGUAGAGUCAUUUGCAUAUGAGUGGUGGAUAGACACUCAGUAGAUUGCAAGUGUAUCUUAUUUUGAUGAGGAUGAGGCUAUUAGAGGAGAUCUCUCAAGUUGAAUGUGGAGAAAGAGAUUGCGUUUCUCAAUUCAUCGAAUUAACGCCGAUGUACCGGUAUAUACUAAUACAUUCUACAAGAC